GGAGAUCUGUACGGGUUGGCCUCUGGUGCUUCUGGUGAAUCGGGGGUUUUAGCGAACGCGAGUGUGUACGCCUUCGUACCAUCGAACCGUUUAGUUGCCUGAACCGACCGACCGUGGUGUAAUUCGAAAACGAAGAAUUUGUGCAAUAUCCAGCAGUGUACCAGUAGCAGUGUGUAGAGUGACAGCGGAUCAGCAAUAGUGAAUCGGAACCACCACCUGAACCAGCGGAAGCAGCGGAACCAUGUACCAGUCAACCAUCGCAUUUGUUGUCCUGUGUGCCAUCGCCUUGAGUGUGGCCUAUCCCUAUCCCUACCCACAAAGUGCGUUCAUGUACUAUCGCAAUGCGUACCCGAUGAUGAUCCCGCAGCUACAGCAUAGCGCCAUGUAUCAACAGGCGAUGUACCAGAACCAGCGACUCCGCAGUCAACGCCGGUCGGCUUCGGGUGGCGGUGUAGCUGCGUUCGCCGCCGGAAACACCAUCGCUACCGGUACGCUGCUGAACACGCCCAACUGCCAACCCGCAGAUGCAGUUCCGGCCGAAGCACCAGCAGUACAGUCGUUCGCCGAGGCCUAUCCGGCGGAAGCAUCACCCGAGAACGAGAUUCCGUUAGGUGACGAGGGCGAUCUGUUGGGUGAUGCGGAAGCCGGUGCGCUGGACACUCCGACUAGCAACGAUGACGCCCUGUUCGAUUUACCGGUCGUCCCGGCCGUCGCAGCCGCAGUUCCGGAUAAGCGAAAGAAGAAGGUCACGACGACAGUGCAGCUGGAUUCGGCUUCGGGCGAGGAGGAGCAGGAUGAUGACGAAGCUGAUGAGGGUCAGAGUGCGGUCAGUUAUGGUACACGCCGUGGUAGCAGCAGCCGACCGGCUAGCAGUGGCGGACCAAUGUUUCCGGUGACGUUCGGUAGUACCAAUGGAGGUGCGAUCGCCAUCGCCAACAGCUACAGUACCGGUAAGGGAGGAUCAGCCACAAGCCAUGCUACCGCCUACGGCAGUCCUGCGGCGAUGCCCGAGGAACGUCGCCGUUCGGUAUCGGCGCAGCAGCAGCUGCGUAGCAAUCGGCCGGCCAAACUGCGCACCAGAUACUAGGUCACUUCUGUGAUUCCUCUCGCUUUGGAUUUAACUUAUUCCUGGCAACCGAUGUAGAUUGCGGUACUAUCGCGUUAAGAUGGUCGCAUCGCUUUGAGUUGAAUUAAUAAAAAAAAAAGAAACAUUAAACCGAUCACAUGGAACGCG